AAGGUCCGCGAGGUCCAUUGUUAGAUUACGAACUGCUAGCGGCUUCUAGUUUGUAUACAGUCGCUGUCGACAUUGAAAUAUUGCGACAGGAGUCCUGCUGCGGUAGUCUGGUCUUAGAAGACAUAAUGACCAAUCGCGGGCACGACAAUUUGGCCUCAUCCGACACCCUAACUACGUCUGAAGAAGGACUUCCCAUGCAAGAGCAGGUUCGCCGUUUAAUUAAAGAAUCAGAAGGUCAAGGAGGAUGGGAUAAAGCAUGGAAGCUAGGUGUCACACCAUGGGAUGUUGGAUACGUUCAACCUCCGCUUGUCGACCUUCUAACUGCGAAACAGCUCGAAUUUCCCACUUCGGGUCGUGCGCUGGUUCCCGGAUGUGGAAGAGGGUAUGAUCCAAUUUUUAUUGCGUCUACGCUGGGAUUCGACACAUUGGCAAUCGACAUAUCAGAAGCUGCUGUUAACGCCGCAAACGAGCUUCUCGCUAAAUCCACUCUACCUUCCUCGGGGAAGGUGACGUUCAAACUGGGCGAUUUUUUCGAGCUCUCUGAGAGCGAUGGCCAGUAUGACCUCAUCUAUGACUACACCUUCUUCGUCGCUAUUCCUCCCGUGAUGAGACAGGAGUGGGGUCGGAAGAUGUCAGAGCUGCUGAAACCAGGAGGCUUUCUCAUCACUUUGAUAUUUCCCAUUGACCCACCGCAAGACUAUGGUCCUCCAUUCUAUGUUCGUGCAGAGCAUUACGUUGACGUUCUUGGAGAAGGAUGGGAGCGCGUAGUUGACGAAAUACCGGAAAGAAGUUCUGAACCACAUAAAGGGCGAGAAAGACUGGUUGUGUGGAAGAAACUAUAGUGCCCCUAACCGUACUGUUGCCAACCAAAUGCAUGUUCUACAGCGACUACUAUAUUAGUCUGAUUUACCGAUCGUAGUU